UAGGACACAUUCAAACAGUAUGCAAAGCUACUGUUCAUUUCGCCUCAAGUAGUAAUAAAUCCUGUAAUUUAGAUCCCAAUAAUUCAGCUGUUCCUAAUGAUCAUUUAUCUUUGUCUACUGUUUCGAAAGGUAAUACUCAUAUUCAAAAGCGAUUAUAUACAUCUCAUGGUUCAUGUCAUGACUUUAUUGUGGACACAGGCAGCAUAGAGUCCAUUAUUUCAUUCAAGAACUUGAAAUCUUUAGAUCCUAAAGUUGUGGUACGACCCACUGAGGUAUCAAUAUUGGGGAUUACUGGACACAGACUGCCUAUACGAGGAUGUUUUAGCGAAACAGGACUGUCAAUACCGGGCUUAAGGAAUUUAAAAAGGCUUAAAGUGGAGCUGUCUUUCCUAGUUUCUAAAGAAAAUAAUGAUGCUUUACUUAAAGAUUUGAUAGCCACGUGUGCUAAGUGCAGUGGAGGUAUGAAAAUUCAGCCUAUAAAACUUCAAGUACAGGGUGAUCCAGUCUUUCUUAAAAGACGAAUAAUUCCUUAUGGUCUUCGAGAUGCAGUACAUAAAACAUUAAACGAUUUGUGUGCAAAAGGCAUAAUUGAACCGGUUCAGUCUUCAGAAUGGGGUACUCCUAUUGUUACGCCACUGAAAUCGGACGGCAAGACUCCUAGAAUAUGUGGUGACUAUAGAUUAACACUGAACUCCCAUUUGUUGAAGCAAACAUGCACGACGGUAGAGGCUGAAGAUAUUCUAAAUAGACUUCAUGGUUCUAAAGUGUUCUCGAAAGUCGACCUAAAAGAUGCUUAUCUUCAAAUCCCUUUAGAUCAAUCCUCAUCUAUUUUGACGACAAUUAACACUCCUUUUGGUCUGUUCAAAUACAAUUUCCUUCUAUUUGGUCUAAGUUGUUCUCCAGCCAUAUGUCAGGAAGUUAUUAAUAAGGUGGUUAGUGAUCUUGAAGGUAUUGAAGUUUAUCAAGAUUAUCUCAUUGUUCAUGGUUCUGACAAGGUAGUUCAUGACCAGAGACUUAUUGCCUUAUUGCGUCGUUUAAUUGAGAAGAAUAUUACAGUGAAUCCAAAUAAGUGUUCAUUUAGUGUAUCUAAUUUCGAAUGCCUUGGAUACCUAGUUGAUGAUAAUGGUUUUAGACCAGAUAUGAAACGACUAGCUCCACUGGCAAAUGCACCGUCUCCAAAAAAUCUUACGGAACUACGUUCACUAGUGGGUGCUCUUCAAUACUAUUCCCGUUUUAUUCCUAAUUUUUCUUGUCGUGCAAAUUGUUUAUUUAAUAUUUUGACAUCCAAUUCAUUUAAAUGGGGUGAGGAACAAGAGUCAUGCUUACGUACUCUACUAAAGUUUCUUCAAAGUGAUGCUGUUCUUCGAACUUACUCCCCUAGUGUACAGUCUGUGCUUAUCACUGAUGCAUCACCUGUGGGUAUUGGCGCAGUUUUGGAACAGGAAGGUAGACCAGUUAUUUGUGUUUCACGCAAACUUACUGUUACUGAACAAGGUUAUUCACAGACUCAGCGAGAAGCAUUAGCUGUGUUUUGGGCUGUUAAAAGACUUCAUAAAUAUUUAUUCGGAAAGAAAUUCACUAUUGUUACUGAUCAUGAGACUUUAAAGUUUAUUUAUCAUCCUGAAAAAUCCUUAGCACGUUCCUCAGCUGCUAUGGUUCAACGAUGGAGUAUUGCUUUGAGUGCCUAUGACUAUACGGUUCAGCAUAGGAGUGCCAAACAAAUUCAACAUGUUGACUACAUUUCUCGACAGUCAUUACAAGAUAAACCUGUAAAUACUUCAGACUGUUUGUUAGUGCAACCUUUACCAGUGAAACGUCCAGAUCUCAUUAGAGAAACUCGUAAAUACUUUGGAUGUAUAAUUAAUGCUAUACGGAAAGGUUGGAAUGGUAAUCUGAAACGUAGAUUUCCUAUCUAUUUUUCAAAGCGGGAUGAGCUAUCUACUACUCCUGAUGGUAUUUUGUGUUUAAAUGAUCGUGUUGUUAUUCCUCCUUCAUUGAGUAAAUCUGUCCUAGAAGAUCUUCAUAGUGGACAUUUAAGUGUUGAAAAAAUGAAGUCAUUGGCGAGGCUCACAUGUUGGUGGCCAGAGAUAAAUGCAGAUAUUUGUCGUACAGCAAACAAUUGUGAAAAGUGUCAUAAGUUGAAAAAUCAGCAUUCGAAGUGGACUCCAUGGCCAGUAUCGUCUGAGGCCUGGCAGAGAAUUCAUGCAGACUAUUGUGGUCCGUUUCUUGGCAAAUACUAUGCGCUUGUAGUUAUUGAUUCUUUUUCAAAGUGGCCUGAAGUUUUUUUCACAACUUCACCAAAUUCUGACUUCACAAUUCAAGAAUUAAGAAAGGUGUUUAGUCGAGAAGGGGUUCCAAUGGUGUUAGUGACUGAUAACGGCUCUCAUUUUGCUGCAGAUGCAGUCACUACCUGGUUAAAUGGUAUAGGGUGCAAACAUCUGUUUACUGCUCCCAGACAUCCUUGUUCCAAUGGUCAGGCAGAAAAUUUUGUCAGGACGUUAAAAACUGCUAUUGAUUCUAUUGCCGCCUCAACAUUUAAUGAACUGGAGAGGGGAGUAUAUACCUUUCUACUGCAAUAUAGAAAUGCCAGACAUUCGGUGACGAAAGAGACUCCAUCAAAACUAUUAAAAGGAAGAAUUCUUCGGUCGAAUAUGAGAUGUUUGGAGUCUGCAGAAGUUACAUAUUAUCGUGGUAAUGAUCUUCGACCAUCCACGGGGAUUGUUCUGAAGAAUGUCGGGAAAUCUAUGGUGCGACUUCUAGAUAUCAAUGACUUAAGUACACACAAUCGACAUGUUGAUCAAAUACAAUUCCAGGAACCAGGUGAGUCUGUUCCGAUUUCAGUUGUUAAUUCUAAUAAUAAUGAGUGCAUUCUAGAUAAUACAGAGUCUUUAUCCAAUACAUUGUCGGACAGACACAGUAUGAACUUGAGAAGAAGACGUACAAUUGAUUACAGACACUUGGACUCUAAUUUAAGCUGUGGUGGAUGUGGUGUUUGAAUGAAUUAAUGACUCCUUUGUACUUGUUGAAUGUUUGAUUUCGAAUUCUAAAU